AUGGGAGAUGAAGAUUGGGAUGCAGAAAUAAUGAACCCUCGUAUGUCUUCCUGUGUUCCUGUAUUUGAGAAGGAUAGGUAUUCUUCUGGAGCAAAUGCAGACACUUUUAAGAGGACUCUGGCUUCAUCAUCAGAAAUGGGUGAUGGAUCGUCUCGAAGAGAUCAUUUCAUGAGAAGUGGAUUUGCCUCUGGGAGGAGUUUGGGAAACAGAGAUCCUGGUGAGUCUAAUAAACGAGAGAAUACGUCCACAGCGGGUGGUUUUGGAGUUGGAAAGAGUUUUGGAAACAGAGGUUAUCAGGACGGCAAUGAUUCAGAAGCUUCAGGAUCGUCCAGAAGAGGUGGAAGAGGUAGUUUCCGAGGUUGCCGUGGAGGAUUUGGUCUAGGAAGUCCAAGUUACGAAUAUGAACGAGAUGAGGGGACCAGGCGCUCUGGUGGCAUUUUUGGUUCUAGAAGAUCAGCAUUAAGUGGUGCAGGUAAUGGUGACACUUUCCAAAGAAGAAGUGGUAGUGGAAGUGGACGAGGUGGUUACAAAGGUUUAAAUGAAGAAGUAAUUACAGGCUCUGGACAGAAUUCUUGGAAGUCAGAAGCUGGAGGAAGAGCAAGUGGUGACACUCAGGGACGAAAAGUGACCUACAUACCACCUCCUCCACCUGAAGAUGAGGACUCCAUCUUUGCACAUUAUCAGACAGGCAUAAACUUUGACAAAUAUGAUAGUAUUCUUGUAGAAGUAUCUGGACAUGAUCCACCACCAGCAAUUCUGACUUUUGAAGAAGCUAAUCUUUGUCAGACAUUGAAUAACAACGUUGCUAAAGCUGGUUAUACUAAGCUUACUCCUGUGCAAAAAUACAGUAUUCCUAUUAUACUAGGAGGACGAGAUUUGAUGGCUUGUGCUCAGACAGGCUCUGGAAAGACUGCAGCUUUUCUCUUGCCAAUUUUGGCUCAUAUGAUGCGUGAUGGAAUAACUGCCAGUCGUUCUAAAGAACUGCAGGAACCAGAGUGUAUUAUUGUAGCACCAACUCGAGAGUUGAUCAGUCAGAUCUAUUUGGAAGCCAGAAAAUUUUCUUUUGGGUAA